AUGGAGGAGUUCUUUCAGACCAUUUCUCAUUAUUUCAUUGCAUGUGCCUCCAGUGGCCUCCCACUCCACGCAUUCACACUUUUGUGUUCCAACUUACCACCCGAGUCUGAAAUUUCUACCGGAUUGGUCAUGGGAGUGGACUUGGUGCUCCGAAAUGAAAUCCCCGUUAAAUUCCACGCUCAUCGAUGCAUUCUGAUGGAUCACAGAGGGAAGCCUGUCAUUCUGGUCAUUGGUGGGUACGGGGAAUUAGCGAAAGGAAGAGGGAAGGCAUCCCUUCCGUCCUUGUUUGACAUGGAGGGGCGGAGACUCUCAUUUACACUCGAAGGAGGGGUGGAAGCCUCUCUGCAGAGAUUGUUCUACGCUGCCUUCUUAAUUGGAGAGAGGAUACUCUUGUUUGGUGGACGGGCCUCUCCCCUACGCCCUUCUUCACAAGUCACACUCCUGUCUUUGAGAGAUGACGGGGUUCUUUCCGUGGAGGAUGUGCCGUGCAGUGGGGAUGUUCCUCUUCCCUGCUGGAGGUUUGCGGCCGCAUUGUGUCGUGGAGGAGACCACCUUUUCAUCCACGGAGGACUGACGAGUGUGCCCGUCGUGAAUACCCGUUCUUACUCCUUGGACUUGCACAAAUGGGUUUGGAGUGAGGUGACACUGCGUGGUGACCUUUGCGGCCCUCGAAUGUGUCAUACUCUGUCUGAAUAUGAAGGGAGACUUUACAUGUUUGGCGGACUCGACGAAUAUCACACAGUCUUGUCCGACUUGUUUGAAAUUGAUUUGUCCACCAAUCACAUCCGUAAACUCCCCACUUGCUUGCAUGCUCGGUAA